CAACGAUAUCGCCCAUGUCAAACCCUAAUCAAUUGCAUCGAAUAUUCCCAAAUCUCAAUGAUAAUCUCACCAAAAGGAGAGAGAAACCACAAAAUGGGAAAUUCCCCAAUUCGUCAUCGUCAUAUAAUGAUCAACAGAAUUGCCUCACAAGCUAAUCCAAGAAGAAACGUAUUUGGGUUCUUCAUCUCCCAAUUUCGUGCCUUAAAUGCAGUGCUAAAGUUUCCCUAAAAUCCCAUUUAUUUAUCCAACCCAAAAGUCUCCAUUACGGGCAAGAAAAGCAAUAAAAAUUGGAUUAGAUGAAACAAGAACAGAUUGAAACAAACUCUUCGUCUUCAUUCUCACCUUCAAUAGUGAACGAUGAUAAAAAUGAUGAAAGUAAGAUGAAAUCAUUAGAAAUGUCAUCAAAAUUUCCAUUAACGGCUUGGGAGAUGGCGGGUGCAGCCGGUGUUGUUUUCGCUUUCGCCGUUGGUCUCCUCGGAGUUUACCUCACCUUGCCGGAUUCUGAUUACAGCUUUCUCAAGCUUCCAAAAACACUUGAAGAUCUUCAUAUCCUCAGAAAUCAUCUCGAGAGAUAUACAAGCGACUACACAGUUCAAGUCUUAGUGGGGUAUUGCACUGUAUACAUCUUCAUGCAAACUUUUAUGAUCCCAGGAACUGUUUUCAUGUCGCUUCUCGCUGGAUCCCUUUUUGGGGUUUUAAGAGGUGUAGCUCUUGUCGUCUUCGCUGCUACAGCUGGUGCUUCUUCUUGCUACUUUCUAUCUAAAUUGAUCGGGCGACCCCUUAUCUUGUCUCUAUGGCCCGAUAAAUUGGUUUUCUUUCAAGAUCAGGUGGCUAAAAGGAAAGAUGGGUUAUUGAACUACAUGUUGUUCUUAAGGUUGACUCCAACUUUGCCUAAUAUGUUCAUAAAUGUUGCUUCACCAAUAGUCAAUGUGCCUUAUCAUACAUUUUUAAUGGCGACUUCUAUUGGGCUCAUUCCAGCUGCUUAUGUCACAGUUAAGGCAGGAAUAACUCUUGGAGAAUUACAGUCAAUUGGAGACCUAUAUGACAUCCAUUCGAUAGUAACAUUGUUUCUCAUUGGGAUUGCAUCUGUUACCCCUACACUUAUAACCAAAAAGAAAGAAUCAUAAUAAUUUGAAUUAUAAAGUUUCAAAUCAACCCCUCUUGAGCUUUCAACUCUGUACAAAAUUACAAAUUUAGCCUCCAUUUGCACCUGGGGUUUUGUUGGGAUUCAAUGGUUGGUGCUUCAGAUGUUGGAGAGGCGCAAACAGAUAUAGAAGGGUAAAAUGGUAAAAAGUUUAAGAUGGAGCUUACUUACUCCUUUAUGUUAAUAAUAAUUCUGGUAGAAAGAAUCCUGGAAAAGGUGGAUUCUAUUUUAUGAAACGUGAUCAAGGGUUCAAAGAUGUAAACUUUGUUUUAUCUUGAUUAAUAAAAUAAGAAAUGUUUAGCUAUUUAAGUA